CCAUCUAUUUCCCAAAACAGAUAAUAGAUCACCUCGAAUUAGUGCUGCAAACCAAAAUUUAUUUGGAAAAAAUGGAUAAGCUUUUAAAAAGAGCAGGAAAAAAAAUCGAGAAAAUUGGAAAAGAGAACCUGAAUACCCUCCUAAAUGCUGAUGAUUGCAGCAAAAUUAGCAAGAAGCUAACAGAACACUUUGAAGGUGGAUUAGAAACAAUUGAAAAAGAAGUGAUAGAGAUCUUAAAUAAGGAUGGCGAUGUGAAGGAACUUCCAGGGAAUGUUGACAAUGAUGCUGACGAAAGCACAGGAAGAAAACUGGAGAAACUUGGAAAGCAAAAACUGGCAACAUUACUCAAAGGUUUGAAGCAGUCAGAAGAGGACCAAUCUUCCUGAUGGGGUGAGUGAACAGGGUGGUGACAUACCAAGCAAUGCUACCUGCCAGCAUAUGCCAAGGUGAACCUACUUCAACUGACACACCUAUUGAAAUUCAAAAUGAAGGAAUGAUGGAUGAACUGAAAAUGAAGCUUCAAAACGUAUUUCAGCAGGGGAAAGUCCCGUUUUACGUCAGGACACUGACCGUUUGUGGCUACAGGAGUGCAGGAAAAACUACUCUGCUCCGCAGGUUACUGAAUGAACCCUUCCGGGAGGAUGAGCCCAUAACAGAUGGAAUACAGAUUGGACAGAUUGAUAUUAAAAACUGGGAAGAAAAGAUAGAUAAUCCAAGUGAUGAUUUAACAACUGCAAUUGCAACCUGUGUUUUAAAUACCGACAAACAUCCUCUUGAAGGAACACUUACAGAUCAAGACCAAAGCACCACUCACUCAAAUGAAGAACCAAAAUGCAUCACCAAAGAUGCUGUAAUGAAUGAACCUUUUACCAAUGAGAUACUGAUGAAGCUGAAGGAAACCAGUGAAUGUUCUGAUGGGUUCUCAGUAUUUAGAUACUAUGACUUUGGAGGCCAUGUUGAAUAUCAACAGAUGCACAUGCCUUUUUUACCUCAAAAUGCUGUCUACCUCUUGGUUGUUAACCUAAACCUGGCAUUGAAUGACAAACUACCAGCAAAGGAAAGACCAUUUCGAGGACAAAAAGUAAUGGACACCUGCGGAUACACUGUGAAAGAUUAUCUGGAUUACUGGAUCAGGUGCAUUUCCUCACUCUGUAGAGACCAUAAGACUACAUACCAUGUCAUUCUGGUUGGGACUUUUGCCAAAAGCUGCAGCAAUGCUGAAGAGGCCUUGGGCAUUAUUUACAGUUAUCUUCAAAAAUACAUCCCAGCUGCUACACUUUAUGCUGAGAAAUUUGCUGUUGACAACUCUGUCGACGGUGAUCAGGGAGCAGGAUACACAGAGCUACGUUCAGCCAUUGACAGACUGUCCAGGCAAGUCUCAUUUGAGGACGACAUUGUUCUGAGUCAUGCAAAACUGUAUUAUCACAUCCUGCACUGUACUGAGAAAUACCUGCUGUGUUCAGACAAGUACCUCUCAUGGUACGAGACUAUGGGCAGCCCCCAAGGUACAGAGUUGAGCACUGCUGACAAGAAGCUUCAAGUGCAGGCAGCACUGCAAGUUUUGAACUGUAUGAAGUUUGCUUACUUUUCUGACCCAGUCUUGGUCUUGGAUCCUCAGUGGCUUAUUGACCUCAUGGCUGCUUUGAUUCCAAUCAACUGUGCACCACCACUAAAGGUACAGACUGCACCAUUUUCAAUCCAACGUCAAUGGAUGAAACUUGUCAACACUGGAAAAUUUUCAGAAAGCCUCUUGGAAUAUAUUUGGCCGACUGAAACAUUAAAGCUUAAGGAUGAGUUGCUUGACAUCUUGAAAAGCCUAAAUUUAGUUGUGUUGGCAGAUCCAGCAUCCAAGUGUUACCAUCUAUGGUUCAAACGUAAACAAAGGGAGGUCUUUCUGUGUCUUUAUGUGAACCAAGUUAUGUCUGUCUUCCAGGAAGAUAUUUUUAAUGAACUGAUACCAAUGUUUCAAAAGGAAUGGCCCUAUAUUGGAUCCCUGGAUGCUACUUUUGUUCUACUUGAAAAGAAAAGGAAUGCUGAUUACAAAAUACAACUGGAAUUAAAAAAUGAUCGAGUGCUCCUUGUGAAUAAAAAUGAGUUUGAACAUGAUGAUUUUGUAUACAAAGUUGGUUCUAUUGUGGAAAGUAUGCAGAAGAAGUACCCUGCCCUGUGUCUGUUUGUGGAUGGCAAACCCUACAAAGCGGUUGAACUGUUCCUUCGAGUCAGAAAGAGCAUAAAGCAAAACACAGAGGUGGUGAACAUAGUCAGGAUCUUUAUGGAGGACCAGCCUGAAAAACAAAAGGACAUCAUCUUCAGAGACCAAUCAAUUGACACCAGAUUUGAUACAACCACAGAAGAGAUGGUGCAAAUGAUUGAGGAAAGAAUGCUGAUAAAAACUCUGGCAGAACUCAACUGGUUCCACGAGCCCAAUGCAGAGGAAAUCUGUAGGAAAAAGCUUGAACUUCUACCUGUGGCUCACUGCUUUCCUAAAGGAACACAGCUGGUAAACAACCUGUGUGAACUGCUAAGAAAAUUACACAGCAAUUGCACUGAUGCCAGGAGAAGCAUCUGUGACGAUGUCAGAGAAAUCCUUCAGUGCUGUGUCAUCCAGUGCAUGUUGGACACGGCAAAUCAACCUGUGGACCACAGUGAAAUCCUGUCUCUGGACACUUAUGAACUGUUCGAGAAAGCUCAGCCUGGAAUUCCAGAAAGUGCCAUAAGGGACAUUCAGCAUCUUCAAAAUUUAUCAAUGUCAGAUGAAUGCACCAUGUCUGAGGAUUUUGUAGAGAAACUCACAAUAAGUAUACACAGUCUAUUCUGGAUCACGAAGCUGACCUUCGUCAAGUGUACCAAUGAAAAAAGCUCUCGAGAAAAAUUCUUGGAGGAGAAAAUUAGUAACCUGUACUUUAAAACUUAUCAACAGUUGGUUGAACAUGAAAAAGAGCUUGAUGUGCUGAGAAACAAACUACACAACUUGACAACAAAAUCAACCCCUAAAAACACAUCCUGUAGAGAAUGGUUACACAAAAAUUUCAGUAAAUUUGUUCAAACCAUGGGGGAAGGCGUUCACAACCCUGUGGUGGAUAAGCUUUAUGAGAAACAUCUGAAUGAAGAAGAAGUAAAUAACAUAUCAUCCAAAAAAACUAGCCAAGAGAAGAACCGGGAAUUGCUGAGGGUGAUGCUCGACAAAGGUGAAGAGGCCUGCAAAAUGUUCCUUUGCACCUUCUGCUCUAAGGAUCCUUUUAAUGAAAUAACUGAAAAGAUCCAAACUGAAGUGAAUCUUGGGCUUCCUGUGGAAGAAGUGGAUUAUACUUCAAGUCUGUAGCAUUUGGAACACAGACUUGGUAGUCUAGUUUUUAUUAAGGACUUGAUAUAACCAAUGAGUUAAAUGUCAAAUAGGAGCUAAACAGAAUUCUGAAAACAUUUCAUACAAUUACAUUCAUCUAUGCAUAAAUGUUUAUUUUAGACAAAAUGGAAAAGAAAUUAUUUUUCUUACACUAAAUAAUACUUUGUUUUGUAAUUUUUUAUUGUACAAGUCUUUGUAAAGGCCAGGAUGCAUAAUCUUAUUGCAUCAAAUUUGUAGCAGUUGAUGUGAGCUUGCACAAUCUCUAAAAUCAGUCUCGGGUAUGUGGUCAAAAUCCUGUAUAGUUUUAAUAUUUUAUUUCCAGAAUUGUAAUUAAUUUUUUGCAAUAGAAAUUUCUCAAUUUUAAAGACUUGCAUUUCUAUGGUGCUAUUCACUAACUCCAGACAUGCUGGUGUGAUUUACAGCCAAUGAAGUAAUAUCUUGCUAAUACUCAUUACUCAAAAGAGUGACUUACUAGAAACUCAUUUCCUGGUACUAAAUAGUUGCAAAAUGAAGUGACAUUUAGUUUAAAUUAGAUUUGGAAAAGCACUACAAAUAGUAUUAUUGUAAAACAGAUAAUAGGACUGGAUACUGUAAUGAGUUCAUACAUUGCCUUUAAUUUCUGAUGGACAGCAGCCCCACACAACCAGAGGUCAACAUAAAUUGGAUGUUUUGGGCAGUAUGACAAAGGCAUGAUGAACCCAGAAGGCAAAUUGACCAAUCAAUCAAAGUUGAAUUCUAUUCCUUUUAAUGUUUGAAAGCAUCCCAUAAUGCUGGAUGAAAAAUUCCCCCUCCUGCUUUUGGAAAACUAUGAAUUCAACUGCAUUUUUUAAAUUGCAUAAUAUUUGUGCCUAAAAAAAUUCUUAAUGUCACCAAGUUCUAAAAUGGAAUAUUCAGUAGUGUCCUUUGAAAUCUAUUUCUCACUACACUAAAACUCCAUUAAUCCAGCACUUUGGUGACACCAGACUCAGAUUUUCUUAACUCUUCAAUGUUAUUUUCUACUUUUAAAAAAAAAUAAAAGCAAAUUAAAAGUGUGUUGGUUUAAGAUGUUACCAGCAGUAUAAUAAUGUUUUUUUCUCAGUGAUGCUGAUAAGUUUAAAGGGAAUGUGGAAAUGGGGCUCCUGUGUGUCAAAAGGAGUGCAGAAUAAGGCCCUGGUGAGUUUAAGUGUAACAGGGGCACCAGCGCUGGUUGAGCCAG